AUGGACUUAUCGGCAUUGAUGAACGAUGGGGAGGGAGCCGCGCCGGCGAAGAAGUCAUCGACCGGAUCACAGAGCUCUCCUCCGGCCUCCAGUAGAGGGAGCGCGCCGCAGGUGACUCCCGGCCCAGCGCAGAAUGGCGCAUAUGCUGGCGGGGGACCUGGCUAUGGACACCCACGACCGGGCCAGGCGACACCACUGUACGGUCCGCCUUCAGCAUCGAUCGGGCCACCAGGCCAGCCGCAGAGUAGAGGUCUGACGCCUCUGCAGACUUCAUCACACGCUCCUGGUGGUGGACAGUAUCCCUUUCCUCAACAGCAACAACCGGCGCAAAGUCCGGUAUCAGCGCAGCCUCGCUACCCUCCUCUUCAGAUGCAGCAGCAGUACAGACCCUACGAUGCACAUUCGGCGACGACGCCAGGUGCGCGUCCGCCGAGCCAUGGCUUUGCCCAGCCGUCUCCAUCUGCUGGCCAGUUCUCCCGGCCUCACAAUGCGCAUCCCUCUCUCUCUCCGACUCCAUCCUCGCACCACAGUCAGACACCACACUCAAUGCGUCAGAGCCCGAUGGCCAUGAUGGGUCAUCCUCCUCCACAGCAACCACCGCCGCCGCACCACUAUCACUCCUCGCAACCGUCGACUCCACUGGGACCACCUCAAUUACCCCAAAGACAUUCCAACCCCCAGUUGGACAUGACCAGCCCCUAUCACUCGCGAACGUUCUCUGGCACUUCCAACGGCAUGAUGACGAACUCGCCGGCACACCAUCAUCAAUCGAUAGGUCAAGCGAUUGCAUCGCCAGCGGCAUACAGUCGGCCAUCGCCUCAACAGCGAAGAACGAGCGAUCACUACCGCACUUCGCUUGACCACACUCGUGAAAAGAGUGAGUCUGUGAGUCCCAAGACUCAACCGCGACCACCAUCGCUUGGUUCGCGACAAAGCAGCCAGCAAGAGGUGCACAGUGCACGAAGUUCAUUACAGCCGGGUGUCAGUGUGGCGCCGCACCCAGUGAUACCUAAUCACGGACCGACACACAGUCAUGCACAGCCACAGCCCUCCUACUCGACUAGUGAGGUCUCACAAGCGUCUUUGCAAACAUCUAGCUCAUGGCCGGCGCAACCUGUGAAUGGAAACUCUUUGUCUCAGCCGGACAAUAAGAUCCCGCUUCAGCACCAACAUCAAAAGAUGCCAAUGAGCCAUUUGCUUGCUCCGACAUCACAUGCGCAACAACAACAUCACCAGGCGCAGAACGGCGGACUUACUCAAGCUGCGCCUCCGACACUGGACACGGCACAAUCACAAAACUAUUCACGACCAUCUCCUGCACCAUCAGCAGUCUCGUCAAGAUCGCACGAGCAAUCUCAGGGUAACAUCAAGCAGGAACAACCACUAACACCUGCUUCAUCCGUACACUACAGCUCACAGUCACAAUCCGAAGGGGUGCCUGGUCACCGUCUGUCCCACCAACGCUCCAGCGACAUGUCAGCAUCAGAAGCCGCCGAAGCGAGACCGCCUCUGAAGCGUCCCGCAGACUCCGAGUCCGUUGUCGAGCCUCCCGCAAAGCGUGGCAGGAUCCGGAAACAUCGAGAGCGGCCGAUCUGGGCGCAUUUGCACCCAAGCAAUCCCAGAUCUCGAGAGUUCGGCAUUGCGCCAAAUAGUAGGGAGGUUUCGGCGCCACGAGUGCAACAAGCUCCUCCGCAGACCCUCGCGCCUGGCCAAGAUCACGACCAUCAAGUACCGCAGCAACCGAACGGGCAGCUGCCACCUCAGCUCAACGGAGCUUCCGACAAGCCUUGGGAUCGGAACCCGCCGCUGGACGAUGAUCUUCUCAACGCUCGACACAUUCUUGGCAUGCCAUGGGAGAAAUCAAUCGACUGGAACAAGCCACUCCCCCAACUUAACACAGUGGUAGCGGACUGGCUCUUUCAUAACUUUCGAGCGAAUGCUGACAUUGGUCGCGAUGUUCGGAGAGGUACCAUCGAAAUCGAAGCGAAGGUCGGAACAUUACGAGGCGAGGAUGGAAACCGGUUCUAUCUUCCCAUCCAGAAUGCGUGUGUACUGCACCCAAAAUGUCCUGUGAACUUCGAAACCAAGAUGAACGCGGAUGAGCACAAGCACAUGAACCAAUUUCUGAACGAAGCGACUGAGAGGGCAGCAAAGGAGCCGGGCCGGCAGAAGCUCCAAUACAAGCACACCAGGGAAACAGACUCCUUUGAGCCCCUGAGCAAAGCGGGUCAUGACUUACUGCCUGACGCAGCUCACCGGAAUGCUGGCAGACGCGGGCGCGAGCUCAGCCUUCGCACAACCACCGAAAACAAGACUGGUAGCGUUGUCGCUCGCAUCGUGAAGGUCAAGAUAGCUGACGACUUACACAUCUAUGGCGCCAACGGUCACUACGACAUCCGGAUCUCGAUGAAUCUUGAAGUCAACUUCAUGGGCGAAGACGUGGAUCCAAUGGCGCUCACCAACGAACCCCGCCCGGAGAAGAGAAAGCCUGGCCGUAACAAGGACAGAGUCUCCUACAAGCACUUGAACAACACCUUCUCAAUCGACUUGACGCGUGUGGACACGCCAGGAAUGGAUCCUACAUACGAACUGGAACUAGAACUGGACGCGAAUGUGGCUCGUGACCAAGCUGCCCUUGCUGCGACAGGACGGCCGAAUGCUUACAUGCCUGUUGUAGAAGGCUUUGUCGACAAUUUAACGCUCCUGAUGAAGCAGGCUAGAGGGCCUGUUCCGCAAUAG